CCAGGGAUGAAGCGGAAGAUGUCUCCGGAUUUGGGAUCUUCCCAAGAUGCCCCCCGGCCUUCAUUUGUCCUCCUGCAGAUGCCGGUGGUCAGCGCAGAACUCCUGCCCCCUGAGGUGGACGUCACCUGGACGGUGACACCCUACUGCCUCAGCGCUCACCUCACCCCCAGGGGCGGUGCCGGCGGUCCAAACUGUUUCGCCGCUCACAACUCGUGCCUCAUGCUGACUGCCCCCCGGCUCCCGCAGCCGCUGCCCGCCGCCCAAGACCCGGUCCUCCCUCCUGUCCCUUCGGUUUACACCUGGAGUUCUCACCACGUGGACAUCUGUGACAGGUUCCUGCUGGGGAUGUGCAGGGGCCCCGACUUGUGCAAGAUGCACCACACGCUGUUCCCUUUCCACUGGCAACUGUACAGCAACGUGGCGCGGCGCUGGGUGGACAUCAGGCCCAGGGCCCAGCUGCUCCUGGAGCGCAUGUACUGCAACGUGGACCGGGAGACCGUCACCCUCAAAGACAGGUACGCCAGCUUCGACCUGCUUCUGGAUGACAUGGAGAUAGUGGACACAUACAGAUACAGUAGUGUCAGGCGACUGAGAAACUCAGAGAGUCGCCUCUUGAACCCGCACUUUCCCUCCGAGUGGCGCAUCUACUGGUGGAACAACAACGGAUGGGAGGAGUAUGACAAGGCUGUGUCCGCCCUGCUCUUGCAGAAGAUGUCCGCCAAGGAGGUGGAGUGCUCCUUCAUGGCGGGCUCGCAGGAAUACAAGGUGAACUUCAUUACCAUGAAGCAGAGCAACGUGGCCUCAGGCUUCGAGAGGGAGGUCCGCUGCCGACCCGUCUACCGCCCGCUCGAGUCCCUCCGCCCUCACCUCAAGACAGUUGUCCAGACAGAGCCCAUCCAGCAUGCUCAUCAUCCCAACUUCAACACGGACCCUUUAGAGGACUUCACCACGUGGUAUCCUCCCAUUUGGUGUCUGACCUUGGAGCAGGAUUGUUGCGUAAUCGACGUUCCGGCCGGCACGCGGGCCUUCCUGGCAGUCCAGAAAUUGUUCUAUGAUAGCCUGUCUGAGACCAAGGUGGAUGUCAUUGUCAUCCAGCAGGUCCAGAACUUCCUGCAUUGGGACAAGUACCAAAGGCACAAGGUGUACAUGCAGAAGAAGCACGUUGGCUCCGGUGAGCGUCUGGAGCGUCACCUUUUCCACGGGACAACCCGGAAAGCAAUCGACGACAUCUGCCACAACAACUUCGACCCGCGCGUGGCCGGCACCAACGGAAGUCUCCUGGGCUACGGCUCCUAUUUCGCCACCUCGGCCUCUGUGUCCCACUUGUACACUGACGAGACGCCGCCCCAUCAGCUGCGCCAUAUGUUCCUGGCCAAAGUCCUGGUGGGGAAGGUGACCAAGGGGGAGCCCAACUACCGCCGCCCGCCCCCAAAUGGCUCUGAGACCUGUUUCUACGACGCCUGUGUGGACUGCGUGUCUGAUCCCAAUAUGUUUGUGGUUUUCGACAGCUGCCAGUGUUACCCGUACUACCUCAUAAAGUACAAAGACCUGAAUGCCGCCGUCGAGAUCUGAGGGCUGUCAAAUCUGUGAGUUUGAAAUUCACUUCAGAUUAAGUUAUACAAUUGUGAGAAAGGAAAAAAAAUACUGUGAGGCCCUUUUAUGUUCCAAACAUUUUUAUUUGGGUUAUUGAGCACAAGUACUUCUGUUUUAAAACGGUUAAGGUUUUCCCUCUUAGUCUCAGUACUUGGCAGAAAUGUUCCCUGUAAAUCUUGUUUUCUGUUCAAAUGCAUUGCACUUUAUUGCGAAAUGUUCAUGCACGAGUUUUGUUGUUGUUAAGAAGCAAAUCUAUUAAAUAGC